CUAUCAAGCAGAAACACGAAUCACCCACUCCAGUGUAGUUAACGAAAUGUGAAUACGAUCACGAGGUGCCUAUAUAAGACAGGACAUCGGCAAAAAAAAUACAAAGACAUCCUGCAACCUAGGAGACCAGAAGGAAAAAAUACAAGUGCGCAAGUGAUCGCCAACUGGAUAGAUAUGGAGAGGUCCAUUAAACUUGCAUUGGUAAUGGCUGUUAUCUCCAUCCUGGUGUCUUAUGAACCAGUGGAAGCGUGGUACAAGCAAGUUGCUGGUCCAAGCUACUACUCCGUUGGCAGGGCGUCAGGCUUGCUGUCUGGUAUCCGGCGAUCACCGUACAUCAAAAGGGCUGAGUCCGAGUUGAAUGACAGAGAUUCUACAGUGAACAGCGUGCUUCCAGACAGCAGCAGUCGUCAAAAUUCGGUCCUAAAAACUAUGCCUAUUUGUCUUAAAGAUAUUACACCCAAUCUGCAAAGCUGCGAGCUUGCCCUGGACGGCACCGGCUAUUUCCAGUGUAAAGCAGACGUGCUCGUGUCUCUGGACUCAUCGGACUGUGUGGACGCCUGAACCCACGCGCCAAGUUCUGACAAAUGAACACCAAGGACUGACUGAUGGUAUAAAAGAUUUGAUUGAUAUUUUUUCCUGUCUUCAUUUUACAUUCUUACUAAGUGUUCAAACAUUUUCUUCCAAACGUUUACUUGCACUUAUCUUUCAAAUAUCUACAUGUUAUGUCUAAGAAUGUACUGUACAUACGUGAAAUGAGUACGUUGGUAAUUAUUAAAUUAAACUUACAUUGCACCUACA